AUGCCUCGCCCAAGAAACACCGUUGCCUCUACCAGAACCAACCGAAACGAAACGAACGAUGAUGAUACCAACCGAAAUGAAGCGAAUACCAAUACUGAACAGGAGAACCGACACAACCCCAUCUUUAUUGAUGGAGAUGAGCAUGAAGAACGACGUAUGGUGACUUUGGAGGAGUUUUUGCAAUAUGCUUCUGAUGAACCGGAAUGGUUGUAUGAGAAGCUCCAAGUGACCCAUCAACGAUAUGAUGACAGUCUUGAUGACCAUAAGGUCCGUCUUGCUGAAGAAGAACUCCGAGGACAAACCAAGGAUGGAGAAAUUGCGCUUCUGCGCCAUGAAACGGAAGAGAUGAAGGGACAACUCCAAGAUAUCAAGAAGCAACUUACUGAUGUGAACGCUGAACGUGAUGCAUUUGGGAGCCAAAUUGCCCGACUGGUGAUGGACAGUGCCAGUGGCCGUCAAGCCUCUCCAAUGCCCAUCAACAGCAAAUCCACCAAGAUCCCAGAUCCCCCAAUGCUUACCGAUGGAAAGGAGCCCUGA